AUGUCUGCCGCUUUCGAUCCAUCAAUGUCAAUCGGCCAUGGCCGCCAGACCAUGGCCCCUGCUGGCCCCUCCGCUGCCGACACGCUGCCCAGCAUCGACUUUGGGUUCGACGAUUUGCGCGAGCGCAUGGCGAAGUUUACUGCUAAAUUCGAUGCCUUCAUCGAGCAGGGCCGCAAGCGUGUCUUGGAAGAGCGCAAUCAGUUCCGCGUCAACAUGGCCGAGCUUCAAGAGGAUGAACGAAUGAAACGAAGAGAUAUUGAAAUCGCCCAAGUCAAGAUGUCGACGUACCAGCAAACGAUUGAGAAGGAAGAAGCCGAGAAGCGCGAAAUGGAAGCGUCAAUAUCCUCGCUCGCCGCCCAGCGCGACAGCCACAUCACCACCCGAGACAAUCUCAAGGUCCAGAUUGCCGAAACCCAAGCCGAAAUCGACUCUCGACUGGCGGCACAACGCGCCUACACAAAGCAGAAAGAGGCGCAGUUACGGUACAACGUUCCUGAGCUGGAUUUUUGGAUCACGAACCUUUGUCUGCGGAUUGAGGGCGCUGGAAAAGACGACCGGCUCAAGUUCGUGUACACACACAUUGAUGAGAAGAACUGGGAGCGCGAGGCGUGGUUCGAGUUGGUGACUAGCUCGAGGGAUUACGAUGUGAAGCAUUGCAGGCCCAAGCUGGAGCGGGAGAGCGUCGAGAGGGUAUUGGACAAGGUCAAUGAGACGAGGGAGCUGGUGGUGCUGCUGAAGGGGAUGAGAGAAUUGAUGCAACAAGUACCUGCGAAUGGAUUAUACAAUGACUUUGCUUUUCUAAACACAUCCUCCCAACUCCAAACCCUCUCCAAGCCGUGCCAUCAAAAUCAUCCACUCGCCAUGCCCAAACCCGACAAACACGUCGCGGCCUCUCAAGCCGUCGACAUUCUCGAAGAAAUUUCAACCAUGCUGAACUGCCACAUGGACCGCCGCAUGCUGUCCACCUGCGUGUCAUUAAUCGAGCAGGGCGUCCAUCCAGAAUCUCUCGUACAAGUCAUCAAGGAGCUGCGUGAGAUUGCCGACGACACGCGACGGGAACAGCAAGAGGCCGCCGCAGCUAACAGUCGGUGAAAUCUCACGUCACCACACUCGCUGCUGGACUUCUCUUUUCGCUUCAUCCGCAUGUUUACCCUUUGUAAUUGCUUUUUCCCCUGGAUUUUUACUAGAUUUUGAGCUGGGAUUUUCAACUGUUAUUCAUGGCGCUUAGGGCGUGUACAAAUACUAUAUUACCACUUUUGACGACUAUUACUGUACAUGGUAGAUAUUAAAUUGACGGAGCAUUGCCCCAAUGACACCCAAUUUCCAUAUGCAAAAGUGACAUUCUCCCUUUUUUUUUUCUUCCAUGAUCCCCCUUUUUCUGAUGAUGCAAUACCAUGUUAAGCGCCAUGCAGUCGUGCUAACCCGAAGAACUCCGUCAAAGAAAAAAUGACUUGAAACGGAAAGAAAGAAAAGGGAACAGCAAGAAGAAAGCAAGAAAAAGAAAGAAAAAGAAAAGAAAUACAUGGUAUCCCAAAACUGAAAAACAAACAGAAAGCAAGUAAAUAAACACCAAAAAGCUUAAUUUGCCCAACUCCACUCCAUAGAAUGCCCCUUGUGAAUGGCAAAGUGUUGUCGUAUGUCGUCAUGCCUCAUUAACAGCCUCCACAUGCUCUCACCAAGUCCAAAGGCCCAUUCAUUCAAGCCGCAAGCUUGAUUUGUUACCUGUGCCCGAUCAAGUUGAACUCAUCUUCAUCGUCAUCUUCGUCAUCAUCUGCCUCUGGAGCGUCGCCCUCACUCGAUUCAUCUGAAUCAUAUUCAUCUCCGCUCGAUUCAUCAUCUUCGUCAUCCCCACCACCUCUCCAGAAACCCAAGAUGUCAUCAUCAGACUCUCCAUCCACUUCCACAAGGGCGGCCUGCGGUAUAUCCAUCAUCAUGUGAGAAGGCGACAUGGACCGCG